CAACGGAGGUUACACGAGGAGGUUGGACGAAAGAAUACGAAAGGACGAAGGGACUCGAAGGGUCGCAACCGGAGGUUGCGAUUGACCGUUGCGACUGCAAGGCUGGCGUCAACGUUUUCUACACAACUUGACAUGCUCGUUCUGGGCGGAUUUCAUCUGACUGCCCCUCGCGAUUCAAAAUGUCGGCCCACAGUCAAGACUAUCUCUAACCCAUUCUGAAACCCCUCUAGCGGAUCCUAUCUAGCCCUCGAGCAGCAGCAUAUCGACGUAGUCUAAUCUCUCACGGCGCAUCCAUGGGUGGCGUUGGUAAGGGUGUGUCAGAUCUAAGGAGCAGCGGGUACAGCGAAUUAAAGUGGCAGGACGAGAGCUCCUCGACUUCAAGCGAACGUCGCUCGCGUAGCUAGUAGGAUUGGAAGGAGAACCACCGACAGCCCACGAGUCCCGGGAUUGUAAACUCUCGCUGCAGCCCGUCGCGAACUGCUAUUCCGCGAACUCCACGGGGAACGGAAAUCCGGAAGGUCCCUUGCUUCAACCGGAUGGCUCCGAAGGUCCUCCCCUCGGCGCCGGACGGCGUGCACGCGCACUACGAGAUGGGCGAGCGGCUCGGGAAGGGCUCCUUCGGCGUGGUGCACGAGUGCCGCAAUCGCCACACGGGCUUCCAAUACGCGUGCAAGAUCAUCGACAAGAAACAGCUCCGAGACGAUGCCGACGCGGAGGACGUGCGCCGCGAGGUGCGCCUCCUAGCGCGGCUCGCGGGCCACCCGAACGUGGUAGAGCUCCAGGAUGUGUACGAGGACGACGGCCACGUGUACUUAAUUAUGGAGCUCUGCUCGGGCGGGGAUUUAUUCGACGAGAUUAAGCGGCACGGGCCGUUCGCGGAGGCCGACGCGCGCGCGAUUUUCCGCCAGCUCGCGACGUCCAUGGCGUACUGCCACGCGCAGGGCAUCAUGCAUCGCGAUAUCAAGCCGGAAAACGUGCUUCUGCUCGCGCCAACGGGGCGCCCUCUGGUGACGCCGCAACCCGCGCUGGGAGGGGAGCAGACCGGAACGGAUAGCAAGGGGAAGGCGCAGGGAACGGGGCCGGGUUCCGCGCAAGGGCAGGCGCAGGGGGCGGGGCAAGGGGACGCGCAGGCGCAGAAUCCCACUCAAGCGCUAGGACCCGUGAUUCGGCAUCUGAACCUCGGGUUCCUCGGCUCGUCGACCCCUGUUCCCAUGGCGCGAGGCGGCGUGGCGAAACUCGCCGAUUUCGGGCUGGCGAUGGAGUUACCACCGGGGGAAUCGGCGGCGGGGCUGACAGGCAGCAGGUAUUACACGGCGCCGGAGAUGGUGCGCGGGAGGCGGUACGGGAAGCGCGCGGAUGUCUGGUCCAUGGGGGUUGUGCUAUGUACGUUGCUCACGGGCCGCCUGCCGUUCGCGGGUAAGACCCACAAUGACGACGAAGGCUUGCGAAAGUCGAUUCUCCGCGGGGCGAUUAACUUCGAGGCGGCCGUCUGGCGGAGCGUCUCGCCGUUAGCUCGCGAUCUCGUCCGUCAGAUGCUGACGGUCGACCCGCGCUGCCGGCUGAAAGCGAAGCACGUGGUGGACCAUCCAUGGCUGCUCUCCGUCACCUGCCCUCCGCGACUCACGGCGCCGUCCCUCGUGCCGAAAGGAAGGGGACUACCGCUUUCCGAGCUCUGCAACAGUGCAGCGCUUGCGGCGGCGGCUGCGGCGGCAGCGGCCGCGGCGGGAAUGAUGUUUGCAGGGGUGGGGGUUGAGCAGGACGGCGCGCAGGCAGGCGGAAAGGGGGCGGAGGAUGGCGCGGAUUUGACGGGGAGCGAGAAGGAGAGCCGUUUCGCCAAGGUGGUUCCGGAGUCGACUUGCGCCGCUGCUGCUGCUGGACUUGCGGCGAACACGGCAAUGGAAGCGGCGACGAAUGCGGCGGUGAACGCGGUUGCGGCGUGGCAGGAGGAGGAGCAGCAGCAGCACAAGCAGAAGCUGCAGCAGCAGCUGAAGCAGCUGCGGGCGCGCAAGGAGCGCCAUCAGCAUCAGCAGCAGGAGCAUCCGCAGUCACCUGCAGGCUCACCGAAAAAGGUUGCGCCUCUCCUCCCGCCAUCCCCUGUUCUCGUCCCCGCGAGUCCCGGCUCUCCCAGCGCCUCGGAAGGAAGUGCUGGUGACGACGAUGACGGCUCCUAUUCGCCAGACUACGGACCAAUUGGAAGCAUCCCGCCGUCGCCUCCGGGAGAGCCACUCCCCAUGCCCAGCCGCCCCUGCUCCCCCCUUCCCGCCCGCAACUCCCGCUCGCGCAAGCCAGGCACGCCCAGGAGCUUCCGUCGCGUGCUGUUUCCGCCAGGAGGGGGGUCUGGCGCAGCCGCGGGGGCGGUUGGCGGGUCGACGCGGGGGGGAGGAAAGGUGGGGGGGGGCGGCAUUUCGAGUCCAUGGCUUGUGCCAAACACCCCCCCUGCUGCCUCCUCACCCUUGGUUCUGAGGCUGCUGGGGUCGGGCCAAGGUAAAGGCGGAGGAGCAACCAUGGGACGGCAAGGAGUGGGAGCAGGUGCAACAGCCGGAGAGGGAAGAGAUGUGGGCGGGGCAGCAGCAGGGGCUAGGGAGAAAGUGGAAGUGGCCAGCGGAAACACAAGAGGCACUGCAGCUGCUGUUGCUGCAGAAUCUGCUAUGGCGGCAGGAGGAAUGGCAGGAGGGAGCGGAGGAGGAGCAGGGAGGGCAGCAGGGAAAGUGGGAGGGGUGGGUGUGGGAGUGGGAGGCGUUGGUGGUGCUGCUUCUGGGUGUGAUAGUGGCUUGACAGGCUGGCUGGGAGGGGAGGAGCUUGCAAUGCUGCAAGCCCUGGAGGAGAGGCUGAGCAGGCUAGAGGCGUGCAGGGCCAUGUUCAUGCCGCCUGCUGUUGCGGCUGCUGCUGGGACGGGCAGAAGGCAAGGCUGCUGAACAACGGGAUGAUUAAAGUGUGUGUUUACUGCCCAUUCUCUCCCUCUCAACACACUAUCUCUUUCCACAUGCGCAAGACCUCUUCCUCUGUCCUGGCUUUUUGACAACUCCAGGCACAAACAGGUAGUGCAAGGUCGUACACAACACAACGCCGCUUUAGUGGCUAUGCAUAGUGGAUUGCGACUCAAGGUGGCAGCUACAGAACCAGAUAGAACUUAUAGCUCAAGGUGACAACUAUUCAAUCGCUUAUAGCAGCUUUUCUGCUGUUGGUGUUUUGUUGUGGCGACAGUGCCAAGGGGCUGGUGGCACUGGUGCUGAAUAGGUUGGAAAGAGUUAUAGUGGAAAAGACGUUAGUGUGUAGUUGCAGCUGUUUGCACUUUGUACUUAGCAAUGUGUUUGCUUAUGUUUACCAAAGGGAGAUACGAAUUGGUACUAUUU